AUGAAGAAACUCUACAUCAACAUUCCCUUUACAGAAGCACUGUCUCAGAUGCCAUCCUACACCAAGUUCCUUAAAGAAAUUCUUUCGAAGAAAAGAAAGCUAGAAGACUAUGAGACUGUUGCUCUUACAGAGGAAUGCAGCUCUAUACUGCAAUACAAACUGCCAUCAAAGCUGAAGGAUCUAGGAAGCUUCUCCAUACCUUGUCUUAUUGGCAACAUGACUAUAAACAAGGCACUCUGUGACUUAGGUGCAAGUUCUGUAAAGUACCCUGUAGGCAUCCUAGAGAACAUCCCUAUUAAGGUGGGAAAGUUCUUCAUCCCAGUUAAUUUUGUUGUUUUGGAAAUGGAGGAAGACGUCCAAAUUCCUAUCAUCCUAGGAAGACCUUUCUUGGCAACCGCUGGAGCUAUCAUAGAUGUUAAGAAUAGGUGGUUAACUCUCAAAGUAGGAGAUGAAGAAGUGGAAUUCAACUUGUUCAAAACAAUGAAGCACAAACUUAAACCUAAUGAAUGCUUCAAGGUUGAUAUAGUUGACAAGAUAGCUGAAGAAGAAUUUCAUCAAACACAUCCUGAAGAUCCUCUUGAAGCAUGCAUAGUGCACAGUCACACAGCAGAUAAUGAGAACACAAAAAUUGCAGCUUGUGAACAAUCUUUAGUAGCUAAUCCACCCCUACCCUUAGCUUAA